CUUUUACUUUCUCCCUCCCCCGCCAUCCUCCCUCGAAUUUUUUACGCAAGUUAAUAUCCGACAUACACCAACUCAGAUGAUAUAUAAAAAGGGAAGCCGAUUGCUAUCCAAUAUCAUAUUGGUCUUACAUCCUAAUCAGUAAGCAUGUUCAAGCUCGCCGUUGUCGCUGUUUUAGUCGCUGUAGCCGUGGCCGCCCCAAGGCCUUACGGAAGACCUGCUUACGGCAGGAGCUACGCUGCACCAGCAUACCAUGCACCUGUAUACAGCGCACCAGCAUACAGUGCACCUGCCUACGCAGCACCAGCAUAUGAUUACGCUGUACCAACCCCAUAUGACUUCGGAUACGACAUCGCCGGUGACUAUGGUGAAUUCAAGCAAUCUCGCAAAGAAUCCAGCGAUGGCAAAGGCAAUGUCCAAGGUAGCUACGGAUAUACCGAUGCUCACGGUAUCUACAGACAAGUAGACUACGUCGCUGAUGCUUACGGAUUCCGUGCUAAUGUCAAGACCAACGAACCAGGAACUGAUAAUCAAAACCCUGCUGAUGUUCAAGUACACGCUUCCCCAGCUCACUACCAAGCUCCAGCUCCUCACUAUGGUGGAUAUCCCCGAUAUUAGACAAUAUAAUAUUUAGGUUUUAUGGAAUAUAAGCUUUAUGUGAAUACUUCUAUCUCGCUUCGCUGUAAGCAAUGAAAGUAUGACUCAAGGGUAUGCGGACCAAAAUGCCUACUGCAGGAGAUGGUAUCUCAUGAUAUGCAUAUUCAUUCUGCGACCCAAAAAUCAUACUCUCACAAACACUGUUUAUAUUAAUUUAUUAAUUAACGUGUUAUUGUUCUAUAGAAUAUGUUAUUUAUACAUAGUUCCGUCCAUGAUUGUUAAAAUGGUUUUUAUCGCACAAAUCCUGGCAAAGGGUGCGGGACAUUCUAUUUGGAAUAAGGUGUGUAAAUAAUGGUUUGUUGCCGGUGUGGCCUUUGCCUUACUUGUACAGUUCUGUAUUAUCUUCAAAUAAAAACAAUUUAUUGAAAAGAAAA